GGAAAUGUUGUGAAUGUUGUUUAGGAUUAUUUGGUAAAUUGCUGCCUAAUACAAGAAGAAGACAGAUUUUGCCUUUCCUACCCAAUGUUAUGACAAGGCUACACUAUCGCAUGAGGAAAGUUGUUAUUAUUCUGAUAUGUGUUUCAUUCGCAGUGUCAUUGUUUAUCGGCUUUCGAUUGCAUACGAAUUUUCACCAGCACUUUCCCGACUUCCCGGUAGUUGAAAUUGUGCCUGAAAACCCAAACGAUUCUACAAGUAAAGCACAAGGAAAUAGGCCGAGUGGACGCCAGUCCUUUUUAGAUGUAGUCAACGAAGCAGCUAUUGAAAAAAGCAAAGAAAUACAUGAAUAUGCAAAGAAAAAAGCUUUCGAGAAGUUAGCACAUAUUGUGAAGAUUGAGAAACAUGUUCACCCAACAGGGGUGCCAAGAAACAAUAUAAAUAAAAGAUUGAGAGUGCUACGAGGAAUCAAAAUUGAUAGACCUAUCGAUGAACUGUAUGGAGUUGGUCCAGAAAUGUCUUCACAUUAUUCCAAACUCAAUGGGAAAUUCAAAUGUUUGGAUGGCAAGCAAAUAUUUCCACAGACUUACAUAAAUGAUAAUUUCUGCGAUUGUGAUGAUGGAAGUGAUGAGCCUGGAACAUCUGCAUGUGUCAAUGGCAGAUUUUUCUGCAAGGGAGACCAAACUUACAUCCUUUCGUCACUUGUGAAUGAUGGAAUUUGUGACUGUUGCGAUGGCACUGACGAGUGGCGCAAAAACAAGCCUGUUGGAUUUGUCUUACCUGAAAGAGCUGUAAAGCAAUAUGCGCCAUGCAAAAAUGUAUGCAGUUGAUAAACAAAUUGUCUUUGGUACUAGAGCUUUUCUAGAGAGAAGUCUCUACCGAAUAAUUUCUAACCGAAAAUUUCCUGAGUAAUUUUUUAUUUUUUGUAACCUUAUUUGUAAUGGACUAAAAAUCGACCAAUAAAGUUUUAGGUAAAUGUAAGGAAGUUUUCUCGGUAUUUUUUUAGAAUGAGAUAACUGGAUAACAACACAUAUUAUAGCACAAAUCACAUUAGGCAUGUUUACAAGUCAAUCAAACAAUUGGCACAUUUAGACCGUUUCUUAGAGUCCAUGCAUGUGUGACAUGUACAAAAAAUUUCAAGCUUUGAACCGUAGAGCUAUUAUUUUUAAUGGAAUCAAGCCAUUAGACCCUAUCAAUGUAUGAUAUUUGCAAGGUUCUAACUAUAUUUAUAGCUAGGAAAAUUAAUCGUUCCAUUACACUAUCAAGUCUCUCUUGGGAAACAAAUUGUGGGCGUAAAAUAUCCCCAGCGUUACAUGGCUGUUCUUAUUCAAAACUUCUUUAUUACUUUAAAUAUUAACAAAAUAAAAUGAUAGAACUAUUACUUCAUCAUGAUAUUAAUAUUUCUGUUUAUGCCCACCCAUAGAAUUUUGUGUUUCGUCCAUAAUAAAUUCUGUGACACGGCAUAUCGCCCGCAUUUCCAAUAGAGGCCUGAUUCGUUUAAAGCUAAAACAUCCUUGGCAUCGUUUGUUGCAUGUUCAGCAUUGACUCUUUUUCUUACAGUUGUCGCUUUAAAUUUUCAUUAACGAUCAUUAUUGCCAA